CUCUCUCUCUCUCUCUCUCUCUCUCUCUCUCUCUCUCUCUCACCAUCGUUCACGCUCUUCUCAUGGCUAACGAACAAGACCUUCUCUCCACCGAGAUCGUCAAUCGCGGCAUCGAAUCCUCCGGCCCCAAUGCCGGCUCCCUUACCUUCUCCGUCAGAGUCCGCCGCCGACUUCCGGACUUCUUACAAUCCGUCAAUCUCAAGUACGUCAAGUUAGGUUACCACUACUUGAUCAACCACGCCAUUUGUCUCGCUACUGUGCCACUGUUGGUUCUCGUCUUUAGCGCUGAAGUCGGAAGCCUUAGCCGCGAGGAACUAUGGCGGAAGCUUUGGGAAGAUGCUCGCUACGAUCUCGCUUCUGUUCUUUCGUUCUUCGCCGUCUUCGUCUUCACUCUCUCUGUUUACUUCAUGUCGCGCCCUAGAUCUAUCUAUCUUAUUGAUUUUUCGUGCUUUCGGCCUUCCGAUGACUUCAAGGUAUCGAAGGAGGAAUUCGUAGAACUAGCACGAAAAUCGGGCAAAUUCGAUGAAGGAAGCCUAGAGUUUCAAAAGAGGAUUUUACAGUCAUCGGGAAUAGGUGAUGAAACCUACAUUCCGAAGUCGGUGAUCGCCUCCGCCGGUAACUGUGCCACCAUGAAAGAAGGCCGAACGGAGGCCUCUGCCGUCAUGUUCGGCGCUCUCGACGAGCUUUUCGAGAAGACUCGGAUUCGUCCAAAGGACGUUGGAGUUCUCGUCGUUAACUGCUCGAUCUUCAAUCCGACACCAUCACUCUCCGCCAUGAUCAUUAACCACUACAAGAUGAGGGGAAAUAUUUUGAGUUACAAUCUCGGCGGAAUGGGAUGUAGCGCUGGAGUUAUUGCAAUCGAUUUGGCUCGCGAUAUGCUUCAGUCUAACCCUAAUAAUUACGCCGUCGUCGUUAGUACGGAGGUUGUGGGAUACAAUUGGUACCAAGGCCGUGAUAGAUCUAUGCUUAUUCCAAAUUGCUUCUUUCGCAUGGGCUGCUCCGCCGUGCUCCUGUCUAACCGCCGCCGUGACUACUACCGCGCCAAGUACCGCCUCGAACACAUCGUUCGAACCCACAAAGGUGCUGAUGAUCGCAGUUUCAGGUGUGUAUACCAGGAAGAAGACGAGCAAGGAUUCAAAGGCCUAAAAGUCAGCAAAGACCUAAUGGAGAUUGGAGGCGAAGCUCUCAAAGCCAACAUCACAACCCUUGGACCCCUCGUUUUGCCCUUCUCCGAGCAGCUCCUCUUCUUCGCAACUCUAGUGUGGAGGCAGUUAUUCUCCUCUUCCUCCUCCUCCUCCUCCGGCGGCGGAGUACUGAACUCCAAGAAACCAUACAUUCCAGAUUACAAGCAAGCAUUCGAGCAUUUCUGUGUGCACGCAGCCAGCAAGGGCGUACUGAAUGAGUUACAGAGGAACCUUGAGCUCAGCGAGAGCAACAUGGAGGCUUCUAGAAUGACACUUCAUCGAUUCGGAAACACUUCCAGCAGCAGUAUUUGGUACCAACUGGCUUAUUUGGAGGCCAAAGACAGGGUCAAGUCCGGGGAUCGUAUUUGGCAGUUGGCAUUUGGGUCUGGCUUCAAGUGCAACUCUUUGGUGUGGCGCUCUAUGAGGCGCAACCGCAAGCCCACAAGGACCCCGUGGCUCGAUUCCAUUGACAGAUAUCCGGUUCAAUUCUAGCCCCUUUGAAAAUGCUUUUCAGGAAAGAGUUACAUGGCAUAAUACUAGAUUUCGCUGCUUUUAAGUCAAAGGUUUCUUAAUUUGUAUUUGUAAGUUGUAAAAUGUAUGAAUGGUAAGUUACUACCAUCAAUUAGAAACUACUUGUCUUUAGUUAACAAUAUCAUUCAUUGUAGCUUCAGUAUUUAUUGUA